AUGAAGAAGACGUUCGAGCAGUUUCGAAAAAGCAAUUUACUAUUUCAGGUUCUCAAAGGACCCCAGCAUCUAGAAUGUCAGAAGUUAUUUGUCCUUGAUUCUUCAUUCAAUCCACCACAUCUGGCCCAUUUUCAACUACUAUCGCAGACUAUUAAAAACUUCAAAUUGAAGGACACCCGUUCGCAUGUUUUAUUACUGUUAGCGGUGAAUAAUGCAGAUAAGUUGCCUAAGCCGGCAUCUUUUCCAACUCGUCUGGAAAUGAUGUGCUUAUUCGCUGACUACCUUCAGGAGAAGCUCCCCCAAUCUGUAGUAUCUGUCGGGUUGACUGUUUUCUCGAAAUUCAUCGACAAGGACAAAAUAUUACAUGAGCAAUUUGUUAAAGGAUGCAGUGCAGAUAUAGGCUACUUAGUUGGUUUUGAUACAAUUGCUAGGAUCUUUGAUGAAAAAUAUUAUCAUCCUUUAAAAAUCAGUGAUGUAAUGGAGAGCUUCAUGUCGGGAUCUCAAUUAUAUUGCUUGGCGAGAGGCGAUUGCCAUCUCAGUGCUGAAUCGCAACUAAGAUACGCCAGUGACAUCCUUGAGGGAAAAUUCGAACCGGUAAUACCAAGAGAAUGGGGCGCUAGGAUUCAUGUUAUGCAAAAUGAUUAUCCAGCAUUAAGAAAUGUUUCAUCAUCCGAGAUUAGGAACAAACUGAAGAAUGGGCAAGUGGAGAGUUUGAAAGACGAGUUGCCAUUGUGCAUAUACGAUUAUUUGAUCAAUAAUAAGACAAUAUUUGAUUGA